AUGCCUUGUCGGGAGGACGAUGGAGUAUGGCCCAGCCAUCCCACCCGUCUUGUCUCGUCUCGUCUCAGCUUGAACCAACCUGCCCUGCAGGGAGACAGACCUACUUGCCUAUUUGCACUUGCAUCGGCGGUGGCGACUCGGACACAGAUAGCCUGGUAUACAUUCGGACAACCGCUGGGAGCACCUAGAGUAGUAACCGUGAAGAACGGUACACCCAAGCCUACAGCCUGCGCUUCAAGCCAACAGCCUCUCAGGGUAUACAAAACCCGAGCAACCUCGAACCUUAGCGGCUUCUGCACGCGAGACAAAACGGAAGAGAAAAAGCCAAUCUACCACCCUCACCGGCCGAGUCCAGCACUCCAGCAGUCUCCACUAGCAUACUCAUCGUCUGACCCAACCCCAUCCCGGCUCGAGCUCUGGCUCUCAAGGACUGGACUGGGAGUUUACCUUUGGUCCGAGGUCUCCUACCCCAGCCUAUCAGAUCAGAAAAAGAACGAAAGUAACAAGAGAGUAACAGGGGUAAGAAAGUAA